AGAGCUAUUUGGCUCAGCAUUUAGGAGACCCGCCCUUAGGUUGAACGUAGCAACGCCAUGGCUGCGGCCAAGGCACUGCUUGUUCUGCUGGCCACGGCCAGCGGAUACAAGCUCACCAAGUCCAACGAGUCAAGCAUCAGCCUGCUCGAAGCAGGCGAACUGCCGGAGUGCAAAGGCCUGCCUUUGCAGGGUUCUGCCAGCGGUGCGGACGAGUGGCAAUGCGACACCCUUCACGGCGAGCUGGGCACAAGUGAUGAGUUCAAGUGCACCAAUCGUUAUGAUGCGGGGGUCGACGGCAAGGUGUACCUGCAAUGUGCAGUCCACGCCAAGAGCAACAAGGCCUUCAACUGCCUCGCCUCCCAGCGUUGCAUCCCCAACGCCAACGCGGCCCAGGGAGAUGCCAACCGCUGCCACUGCGACCCUGCCACGGGCACAGCUGCCAUGGGUGCCAACUGCAAGGUGAACCUGGCCUACGAGUGCGAGUCCUGCCUGUCGGCUUUCUACUUGGCCAGCGACCUCCACUGCAAGCGCAAGAUCUGCACCUGCCCCAGCGGCACUGGUGUUGCGGCAGAGGGCGCCGACUGCCCCACCCACGACACGUUGCACUGCGCCAGCUGCACCACUGCAGGGGGCUACGUGAUGGACAUUGACGGGAAGACCUGCAUCGAGAAGCUGUGCACCUGCGACGCGGGCACCGGCACGGCGGCCAAGGGCGUUGACUGCCCCACCCACAAGUCCGGGAAGUGCCAGACCUGCGCGGACGGGUACAUCUUCAAGGCUGACGGCCUGAGCUGCAAGCAGAAGCAAUGCACCUGCCUGCUGAACGGCAAGCGCGCGGGCGAGGGCGCCAGUGGCACGACUUGCGACACUGAUGGCAUGAACAAGUGCGCGAGCUGCGACGACGCGGCCGGCUACGUCAUGGACGCCGCCAGCGACCUCUGCAUCGUGAAGCAGUGCACCUGCACUGCCGGCACCGGCACCGCUGCCUCGGGGGCCGCUUGCGACACCCAUCAGGCCGUGAAAUGCGCCAGCUGCGACACUGGCGCUGGCUUCAAGAUGGCCGAUGACGGCCGCACCUGCAUCUGCGAUUCCGGCAGAGGCUACGAGUCGGCCGCGGGAAACACAUGUGUCUUCAAGAAGUGCACCUGCUCCAACGGCAAGCUGGCACAGGGCACCGACUGCCCCUCCAAUGGCAACGCCAAGUGCAUGUCCUGCGAUGCAGGCUUCCGCCUGGAGAAGGACCAAUGCCUUCAGAACCUCUGCACCUGCAACCACGGCACCGCGGUGUCCGGCGCCUCCUGCGACGUGCACCAGAAGCAUGAGUGCGCUGCUUGCACCGAUGCCAACUACGAGCUGAUCAAUGGCAAGUGCGUCUACAAGAUUUGCACCUGCGCCAACGGCGACAGGGCCGAGGGAAGCGCCUGCCCGAACCACGGGGCCAAGAAGUGCGCCAAGUGCGAUGGAGGCUUCCGCCUGGGCGCGGGCAGCACCAGCUGCCUGCAGAACGUCUGCAGCUGCGCCAACGGCAACGCCGCCACGGGCGCCAGCUGCGACGUCCACGACGCGCACAAGUGCGCCAGCUGCAAGGACAGCAAUUACCAGCUCAUCAGCAACAAGUGCGAGUACAAGACGUGCACUUGCACUUCUGGCACAAGGGCUGAGGGCAGCGCCUGCCCGGCCAUGAGCGACGCGAAGUGCGUGUCCUGCAACACAGGAUUCCACAUGAGCGGCGUCUCCUGCAAGCAGAACGUAUGCAGCUGCAGCAACGGCAACGCGGCCACCGGCACAAGCUGUGACGUGAACAACGAGCACAAGUGCGCGAGCUGCGUGAACGGGGACUACGCGCUGAUCAGCGAGAAGUGCGUGUACAAGUCCUGCAAGUGCUCCAACGGCGCGGCGUCCCAGGGUUCUCAAUGUGACAAUCACAACACCAACGAGUGCCAGAGCUGCAACGCAGGCUACCACGAGGUGAAGAGCGGAGCCAAGAUCACGAGCUGCAACCAGAAUACCUGCAGCUGCUCUAAUGGCAAUGCGGCCACCGGUGCCAGUUGCAGCAGCAACAACGCGGCGAUCUGCGCCUCUUGCUCCAAUGGCUAUCAGCUUUCGGGUAGCUCCUGCAGCCUCAGGACCUGCACCUGCUCCCACGGAACGGGGCACACGGGCACCGGUUGCUAUGACCACGGCAAGGAGAGCUGCUCCAGCUGCAAUUCAGGCUAUGAGCUCAAGAACAUCGGUGGCAGAAACAAGUGCAGGGACCCUGUGGAAGAGACCCGGGCUCUGAUCCAGAACCGGCCCGAGCGCGUGGCCACCAGCUGGGGCGACCCGCACGUGAAGGUCUUUGACCACCAGUGGGACCGUGCCAAGAUCCUGAGCAGCUACCACCACAACUGGGCCACCGAGAACUUGAACGUCAUGGAGCCCGGCACCUGGUGGCUGGUGAAGACGCCGGGCAACAUGGUGUCCAUUCAAGGCGUGUACGGCUGGGGCUGGCGAGCGGUGAACCGGCGUAUCGCCAUUACCGGCAAGUUCAUCAAGGGUGAUCGGAUUCGGGUCCACCCCCGGCACACGCACGGCAAUCCGCAGAACGACCAGGGCUGCUACUACAAGUACGCUGGCGGCGGCGAUUCGCAGCUGAUUCCCAACAGGGAUCACUCGGUGAACUGGAACAACAACCGCAACGAUGUGACCAUGGUCUACAAAAAAAGCAACCAAGGCCUUGCAGGGGACCAAUGGCGGGUGCACUUGACGAUGCCGCUGUACGUUGACCUGGAGGUGAACUGCUACAACCACCACGUGGAUUUGGUCAUUGCCAUGCGGAAGAUCGAUGGCCAGUCCGGGGACUUUGGCAACAUGGAUGGCUCCUUCAGUGACGAGAUGAAGAGGAAUCCCAACGUCCACGACCGGAACGGUUGGUGGAGCAAGGUCAUCAACGGGGGCACUCGGGUGUCUCAUGGUGAAAACAUCCACUCGAACUGGUACGAUGUGCCACCGAAGCCACACGGAGCUGUGCUCCUUGAGGCGAGCAAAAGAACCCCGAACGGAGUGGUGGGCGCCGACGACCAGAUCACCGUGGACGGGGUGGAUUUGAACCACCAUGACGAUGGCACGGAGCGCGGCCUGGACUGCACGGAUGAGCAAGAGAAGGCGGCGUUCCAUCUCUGCCAUGACAUGCUCAAGGUGAACCAGUCCGUGGUGGAGUGCAUGACGGACGUGUGCCAGCAGGGCCCACGCCUGGCCGCGCAGACGAACGUUGUGGAAAGAGAGGUGGAAGAGGACGAGGACGAAGAGACUGUGGAGCACUAUCAGAUCUACGACGGUGGCAGCUUGUACCACACCUGCUUCCACGCACAGGACAUCUUCACGAAGGUGUCGGCCAUGCCCCGCGAUGUCAGAGAGCUGAACCUGAUCCUGGCUCUUGCCAGUUCAAGGACGCUGCUGGGCAUUCGCUGCGCUGGCUCGACGUGGGUGUACGUGGACGGUGCCCCGGUGCCAUACGACAUCGCUUCAAAGGCCACCUGUGUGGACAAGAAGCUGAUGUGCGUGGACAACACCAAGGCAGAGGGCCAGCAAGUCUUCACUUGUGACUCGGCGGAGAAGACGGCGUGCCAGAUCCCCCGCAUGUACGCCUGCAGGGCCGACGUCAAGUACGAGGACCGCGACACUGCCUGCCCGGGCGGCAUGCAGCCUGCCAUGCCGGUGAGCGUGCGCGACAUUGGAGAGGCGCAGAAGGCCAUGGACAGCGACAAGUGCACCACCCAUCAAGCCUGGACUGGCUACGUGCGCGGCCCCAACGAGAACCCCAUCUGCUUCUACGAAGGUGGCACGCACACUGCCGAGUGCAGCACCAACGCCGACCAAGAGAAGAACGUGAUGUGCGAGACGAAGUUCGGCUGAACCGCUGAACCGAGCGGCUGAUGUAAUUGACUGAGGAA